AUGGCGUUUGAGGUGUCGUACAACCUCGAGAAUGAACAGCAGUUCUGGGAUGAACUUGACGACAUCGUUUCAACGCGCUGCGACGACGAUGAGCUGACAGACAACGCCCUCCGUGCCUAUUUAAACGUUACCACAAGCUACAGAGACGAGUAUCUGCAAACGGACUACAGCCUGAUAAAAUGCGUUCACCAAUUCACACAUGGAGAGCUCUUCACGGCUCACAAAGAAUAUGUGCGGCGCCAGAUGAUCUACUGUCUAUUGCAGGAGGACGAUAAUCCCACUCUCCUGAUGCUGGCAUCCUUCCUGCUAUACGAUGGCCGAGAUAGCGGAAACGAUGUCACUUUUGAGAUGAUGCAGACGGAGGGCGUUUUUGCUCGGCUAGUGGAACUGAUCCGGAACACUGCUGUACAGGAAGACACGCGGCUGCAUCGAAUGCUGCUGGAGCUUAUGUACGAGUCUUCGCGUAUUCAACGGCUCAGUAUAGAAGACUUGGUGUCUGUUGAUGAUGCUUUCGUUCUUUACCUCCUGGACAUCAUAGAAGGUGUCAGUGAUGAUCCUAACGACCCUUACCAUUACACUGUGAUACGCGUUCUGCUGGUUCUGAACGAACAGUAUCUUGUAGUCUCCACUACUCAACAGGCAAACGGGUUUGCGGGUGUAACAAAUCGCGUAAUCAAGGCUUUAUCUACGCAUGGCACGACAUAUAAGACCUUUGGAUGCAAUUUGAUUCUUCUGCUCAACAGAGAAUCAGAGACUUCCCUCCAGCUAUUGAUCCUUAAAGCACUAUACCUCCUCUUCGGCAACCCCUCCACGGCUGAAUACUUCUACACCAACGACCUUCAUGUCCUAAUCGACGUAAUCCUCCGCAACUUGAUAGACCUGCCGUCAGACUCGCCGGCUACCAACGCUCUUAGACACACCUACCUUCGCGUCUUGCACCCGCUCCUGGCCAACAGUCAAGUCAGCAAACCGCCACACUACAAACGGGACGAGAUCCUGAGGCUCCUGCAUCUCCUUGUCACCAGUGGGACCCACUUUGCACCUGUUGAUCAGACGACGCAGCGGCUCGUGUUACGUUGCACAUCGGUGCAAUGGCUGCAACCUCCGCCGACCGAGUCGAAGGAUCCAGCUGGGGCCGGGAAUGACGCAGCGUUGGACCAGUCCCCCAUCGAUGGAAGUCGGGAGCACGCCAAAGGAGAAGGCCAGCGAGACUUCGCACGUCGUGCUUUAGGGAUGAGCGUGAAGGGCGGCGGGGAAAGUCUGAGCAGCGUCCUCGAGGUCGCAGCACACACUGAAAAGCCUGGUGUCCAAACGCCAAGCCGAGCGAAGGAGCUUGUUCAAUGA